CAAAAUGGUGGCCAAAACAAAAUGAAACAGCAUGAUUGAAAUGUGAACACGUUUUUUGGAGGGAAAUAUGGCUUUUGAAAGGUGUGAAACUGUUAUCCCUAGCACAGAUGAAAAGGACGCUGUUGUAUGCUAUUGUGACAAAAAUAUAACGCCAAGUAUGUUGAAAUGCUCGAAAUGUCAAAAACUAUUUCAUUCUACUUGCUUGAAAAACGGACGGCCGAGUAAUUUUAAAGGCGACAUAUUCUUCGAGUUUACUUGCGUGAAAUGCUCCGAUACAGGGAAAGAAGAAUCCAAACGAAAAUCAAUGAACUGGCUGCAAGUCGUUUAUUUAGCCUUGUAUAAUCUCAUAUGCCGGGGGAGCGGACGGAAGGGUUAUUUUCGCUGGAAGGACGAUUUAUGUCAGUUUAUAGAGCAAAAUUGGAAUAUUUUUCACGCAGAUAAGAAGAAGACAUCGUCUUGGUGUAGUACAGUUGCAGGAACAUUGUCUACAAAUUGUCCAAAGAUUUUUAAAAGCGGACAGAAAGAAUUUAAAGAAGGUGGAUGGUGGACGCUACAGGAAGUGCUCCCCCCGUCCGAGAAGCCGGAAGUGAUUACGCCUGGGUUUAAUCUACGGAGGAGAAAGAAAGGUGGACAUGCGCGGACGGGGGAGGCGAACAAGAAACGUAGGGUGGAAAUUUUGCAGAAUGGAGGAACUGCUGAGUCAGCAGAAAAUCACGAAGCGGGAAAAUUAGUUGAGAUGGAAAAACUGAAACAAUCUGAGAAUAUGACCGAAAGAAAUGGGACUCAAAACUCAGGUGUUUCAGAAACUGAUAUUGCUGAUCAAAUUAAUACGUUCUUAGAAAGUAAUGGUGAUAUCUUAGAAUUAGACAUAGGUGACCUGGGAGGGAUGGAUGAAAUUUUUGAUAAUUUUGAUCACACCAGCGCGGAAGAGUCUUUGCUUUCUAGUUUUACACAAGUAAAUGACCAAGUUGUUGAUACUAAAACAGAGACUAAACUGGAUGAAUGUAAACAGGUGCCAAGUGCCAAACAAGAGAGGGUGAUAGUUCUUGAUCCGAAAGAUUUGAGCAGCAGCCAGCCCUCUACCUCGACAAUGGAAGAUGGCAAAGAAGUCGAUAGUGAUAAUAGCGACGAUGACGACGAGGCCAGUCAAGUUAAAAAUCUAAGGACGAUGCAGCCACAUGAGGAAAGAUUACUACUAGAGAAACUAAACAAGAUAGAUUCACCGGAUCCAAGGGCAAGACGCUUGCGUGGGAAAUUACUGCUCACCCGUCAAAAACGACAAUGUGGUCUACCAGUGUUUGAACUUGAUAGUGUUAUCGAGAAAUCAAUAAACACCGUGUCACAUUAUGUGGUACAGAAUGGUGAAUGUACUUCUGUGUUAGAUCCGUCUUCACAAAAUACUGAACCACAGUCAGAGGUAGCUAGUAAACCGCAAAGAACUACACAGGUCAAGCAUGAUAGAAUUCUGGAUCGCUUCAUGAUGCAACCAGUUUCACAAAAACCUGUUAAACAGGUUAGCUUCUUAGGUCGUUUAAUUGGCUGUAAUCCGAGCGCGGUGAAUCGAACUGUAACGAGUCCUUACACAUCGCGGCUUUUAAAACCUUUCAUUUGUCGGGAUUUCGAAGCGACGCCAGUGAAACUUAAACUGUUGAAAGAAAUCUGCUCGUGGUUUCAAACAAAGUAUCCAAACCAGGAACUCCCCCCUGUAGUAUUCGGUUCCAUAGACUAUUGCUACGUGCAACCGCAUCACAUUCCGGGGGUGAAUGCGCUAUGUCGUGAAUUCUUCUGGCCAGGUAUUGAUCUAUCAGAGUGCCUUCAGUACCCGGAUUUCACGUGCGUGGUCCUUUACAAGAAGUUGAUUAUCGGAUGUGCGUUCAUGGUGCCCGAUGUGAAAUGUAACGAGGCUUAUAUCUCGUUCGUCGUUGUCCACCCCGACUGGAGAAGAGCUGGGAUUGGAUCAUUCAUGAUUUAUCAUCUUAUUCAAACGUGUUUGGGCAAAGAUGUGACUCUUCACGUCUCUGCAAAUAACCCGGCAAUGUUGCUGUACCAGAAGUUUGGUUUCAAACCAGAGAGAUUCGUUGUUGGCUUCUAUGAUCGCUACUACCCUUCUGAUGGAGAACAUUCCAGACAUGCGUUUUUCCUUCGUCUUCAGAGAUGAUGGAAUAUUGGAAUACCAGAACUUCAACAUCGAACUGUGAUACUUUCUGUGUUUAAAUACCAACUGUAAAUUGAUGUAAAGAUAUGUG